GCGCAUGUCCGUGCGUCACCACAGUUGGCUGGGCUUUUUCAGAAGUGAAAAAACGCAACGUUCUGCGUCCGCCAUAUUUGUUUGAGAGUGUGUGUUGUGUGUUAAUUGGACUUUUCUGCAGUUUAAACUAAUCAAAUUUGGUUUUAUGCAACAUUUUUUAGAUGAAUACGCUUAAGGGAUUAAUGUUUUACUCUUCAAGGACACUCACAUGAUUUUGACGGAGGCCACGAUGAAUCCUGAGGAGAUCAAGGCGGAGUACACCUCCAGCCUCCAAGAUCUCACUUUCAACAGUAAGCCCCUGAUCAAUGUGUUGACGAUGUUAGCGGAAGAAAAUCUAGCACACGCUCCAUACAUCGUCCAGGCAAUCGAAGAGCAUCUGGAAAAGGUUCAGACCAAUGUCAAACUUCCUAUUCUGUAUCUCAUCGACUGUAUCGCCAAGAAUAUUGGACAAACUUAUAUGCAACUCUUCAGCCAAAACAUCGUCAAGACAUUCUGCAGCGUUUUUAAAGUGGUGGACGAAGAAACGCGUGCUGAAAUGUUUAAACUUCGUCAAACGUGGAAUAACGUCUUUCCUCAAAUGAAAUUGUACGCGAUCGACGUCCAGAUUCGGAUGUUAGAUCCAGCAUGGCCAGUUACAGCCCAACCUACAUCCAACAGUAUUCAUUUCAAUCCCAAAUUUCUAAAAACCACCAAAACCGAAAUAGCAACACCUAUCGUCCCUGAAACAACAACCACUCCUCUGGAUAUGGAAACCUUCACGAUGCAACAAAAACUAAUCCAGAAACAAAAAGAACUCAUCGAACUUCAGCAGAAAAAAUUAAAAUUAGAACUGUUACAAACACAAGUUAAACUCCAAAAGCAAUUGGAAAAUAAUCCGAAUGCUGUUGUUGGCAAUAAUGUACCACCAAGAACUCAGAAUAUUUUAUUAAAACCCGAGGUAGCAAAGCAACUAAUGCCAGAAGUGGCGAAGCAGUUAAUUCCUGCCGCAACACGUGAUACCAAAAGCAAAUCAGGUUUGGGUACGAGAGCCCAGCAAACCACGCCUAAAAUAACACCAGUAAAUAGCGCUUUAGUGGCGGCUGCAACAAAACCAACGCGUGAUCCUCGUUUAUUGCGCCAACAAACGGAGAAGACUACCAACGGCACCAACAACAGUAGUAGUACUAGUGUUUCAUUAGGAUCUAAGAGUUCAAUAUUAGAUUCUAAUAAUAAAGUUGUUACAAAUACAAAGAGCGUUCGAGACAACCGUAUCGAAUCUCGUUUAGUUACUAAUAAAGACAAUGCUCCUCCACCCAAACUAGACAAAUCCAAAACCUUCCUAAAGUCCAGACAAUCCGAACAAAAACCAAACAAACCACCACGUAGCAAAAACAGUGCAGACAACGAUUCGAAACCUUUCUCGGGUAAAAGUUCGAUCAAUCUGUUAGAUUCACCUGUUAAGAUUAAAAGUGACUUGAAAUCGCCGACCAAAUCACCUAAUAGGCACAAAAAGAAAGAUCAUAGUACGGAUAAAAAGGGUUUCAAAGACGCUAAGCGUGACAGGGACAAUAAGGGUCAUAAAAAUGACUCGUUGCAAACUACUUUCAAAGGUGUUAAGGCCAAAAAUCGGAAUUAUAUUAGAAGAAAUCGCUCGCCUUCGUACAGUCCCGAACCCAAUCAAGACACCGACUUGAGAGUAUCAGGACCUCCAGAAAAGCAAGCACGACUACAUCCAGAAACUGUCGAAGAAAAGAGCAAAUUAGUCGCACAAACGGGAAUGGACGUGGAUUUAAGACAGUUGAACGACGUGACAAAGAAAAGAGCUUCGAGUGAAGGUCUGGAGAACUCAAACAAGAAAUCGAAAACGGAAGUAUUUGAUGCUUUGUUCGGAAACGAAGAUACGGAUCUUCGCACUGUUCUACCGGUGGCCCAGCCAGAACGACCCCCAACUCCUCCACCGCCAAUCAUCUCUCUCACCGACAAAGAAGAUUCGCCAAAGAAAUCUUCAGACUUUGAUGCCGUUCGAGCGAAACUAGCCAAUGCGACCGGACGCGAUAAAAUAAUGGCCAAGUCCUUCCGAAAAAAGCGAACUCAGGACGAAGAUCUCCGAGUACCUCCAGUGUCAAGCAGAAUCAGCGACACCAUCAAGAAAAUCAUCAUUUCUUCGGACGAUGCGCAGUGCAUCAAAACUGGAACAAUGUCGAAGGAGAAAGAAAAUCAACUUAUGAACAAGAUCAUCGCACACAUUGAGCAACAGAAGCUGGAAGAAGCACAAUUGAGGGAUAGUGAAGAGACGGUUGGUAACCUUCAACCAGUCAGCGACGAAGAGCUCGAAUUUAGCGAAGAGACUGACGAAAAAUUCGGGGAUAAGGACGAUAGAGUCAAUUUCCAUAAAUAUUCCAGGGAUUCCCGGGAGUCUAGAAGGGGUGGGUCGUAUUGGAGAGGCGGCAAGAGACGCCAUUGGGAAAAUCCUCACAUGGGACCACACCCACGAUCUGCAAUAAGGCCUUGGUUGCAUCAAAUGCACGCCUGGAGGCCAAUUGGGCCCAAUUUCAACCGCCAAGUGCACACCCCUGAACACGAUUUUUCAAGCCAAGAGCCUGAUGGAAAGAAAUCACCGGAAACUGCAGUGGAAGUAACUGUGGAUUCAGUAAAUCAGGACGAUAUUAAGACCAUCAAUAUCGAUGCGCAUCCGCGUGAUAUAAGAUACUACGACGAGACUGCGAUCGUAUUUAUGAAUUGGGACGAUCCACGAGAGAUUUCGUUCCAAAACGGCAGUCGUCGUGUGACGUUCGACGAUAAAGAUACUUAUUUAUUGUCCUUCAAUGAAGGCUAUAAAGAACUGUGUAUUAACGACACGAUACAUAAAGUGAGGUUGGGGGCCCCAAGUCGUGAGAUCUUCAUCGAUGGGAAACCCUACGAGUGUUACUUCGGGGGUCCCGGAAUAACGAUAGAUUUAAACGGGAAAAUGACCGUAGUUAAAUUAGAUGGGCCCCCACCUCAGGUGAAAAUCGGCACCGUGAAAAGAACCGAUCUGGUUGCCGGCAAAGUAAAUCUGAUAAUCGAUGCGAAAAUCUUAGUUCCCGUUUUUCUGGAUGCCAAAGUGCAAAAGUUUGUUAUCGAUGGUGAAACACAUACAUUAAAAUUUGUAGAUGCUUUGAAAACUGUUUUAAUAAAUGAUGUACCAUUUAAAGUUGAAUUUGGUGGCCUCCCUAAACCUAUAACUGUCCAUGAUAAGAAACACUUUAUCAGAUUUUCAGUGUUGCCGAGGGGUGUUAAACCAGGUCUUGUGUGUAUUAAAGACAUGGAAGGGGUGCAAGCGCCUGAGACUGACGAAAGUCAGGACACAGCGCUUGCCGUUGACAUUAACGAGCCUGCUCUGCCCGUCUUCUCCCGCAAGAAAAAGGUGGAAGAUGAGCAAGACAGGAACUCGAACUCGCCACAUUUCUUCCAGAGUUUCAUGCAGCAAAAUAAUUUGGACGUGCUUACAAGUGUGAUGACUUCCUCGAUGACACCAAGUGCCACCAGUGGAGGUUACCAAGUUGAAAAUGUGGGGCCGAACACUGAGACUCAUUCCAUGGACGCCAUCCCCUACGUGAAACCAGCACCGGUCUUGCCGUCCUCGCUCAACAUCAACGAACUGUUCCAAAAGUUGGUAGCGACGGGAAUCGUCGCGACCCAAGAACCGGUAGCCGAACCACAACCACCACCACCUGUUAAAACUGUGAGACGCAGCACGAUGGAAAACCUCAGACCUGUUACCUUCAACAGACCUGAAACGCUGAAAAUGCGCCAAAGUCUUCUGUACGAAGCACUUUACUCAGGGAUGCAGUGCAGCAGUUGCGGCAUGCGUUUCCCGCCAGAGCAGAGUAUACACUACAGCCAACACUUGGACUGGCAUUUCCGACAAAACCGGAAAGGGAAAAAGAACAUCAGAGUUGCGGCGAGUCGCAGAUGGUACUAUUCACUCUCCGAUUGGAAGAAUUACGAAGAAAUUGAAGAUUUGGAGGAACGGGAGAAGAACUAUUUCGACCAACAGCAGCUGCAAGCUGAGGGUGCUGGUGAUGAUGUUGAUGAAGAAGUUGAAGUGCCAAGUGUUCCAGCGGAUCCUGACGUACAAGACGCCCAUUGUGAAGUGUGCCAAGACAGAUUCGACCAUUUCUUCAACGAAGAGAAGGAAGAAUGGCAUUUGAGAAAUGCGGUUAGAGUUGAAGAUAAGACUUAUCAUCCUGUUUGCUACGAAGAUUAUCAAGCAUCGUUGCUAGAACCGGCUGAAGAAUGUAAAAUGGAAGAGCCGGAACCGGAAGAAACUAAAAUUGAAGAAGCGAAUAUCCCUGGACUUGAAAUCAUUUUGGACGAUGACGACGAGGAAGAAGAAGAAGAAGGGAAGUUUAAGGACGAAGAAGUUAUAAUUGAAGAAAGCGACGAGUCGAAGCCAUCGAACGAAUUGAAAGAAGAAAAUGAAAAUGAAGAAGAUGGCGAAGAUGAUGAUGUAAUCAUCCAUGAAGUUGUACCUGAGAAAAUUGAAGUGGACGAUGACAAAGAAUAUGACACUUUACCACCGUCCGAUGUGCCCAUCAAGGUGGAGCAAAUUGAUGAUGGUUUUAUGGACGUUGAAGAAGGCCUAAUUAAAAUUAAAAACGGGGGACAAAUUAAAAUUAAAAGUGAACCGAUUGAUCCCGAUGAAGAAAUGUUAGAGGUGCCCCGAGAAGAGUCAAGCGUGCCAUUUACAGAGCCGGUUCAGCCCUCGUUUACAAGUUCGAUUGAUGGUAAUACCGAGCCCGUUUCGAGUGUUCCGACGACGACAGCAAAUAUCGGAAGUAAAAUUAAAAUAAAUAUAAGUAAACCUUUACCUGUGAUCGCCCCAAAAGAGCCGAAAGAUAUUUCGUGUGAUAGCGUGCCUAGUUUAGAACCGGUUAUAGAUCCAUCACAGCCUCUACCGCCGGGGGAAGAACCAGUCCAAUUAAAUAUCAAACCAGCUCUGAGAGGCAUAGAACUGAAGAAAUUACCGCCAGUGCAAAAAGGAAGUGAACUGACGGGAAUGUGUAGUAUAAUGUGAUUAAUUUAAAUAGUGCUGAGUGAGUGUGUGUACAUAUUGCAGACUAAAAGGGGGACUGUUUAUAUAAAAUUCGUUUCGUUUUAUCAUCUGCACUAAAAUGGAUUUUUUACGAUUUAUUUUCACUCUGUACCUAUUAUGCGUAUCAUGAUUUAGUUUGACAUUUUAUGUCUCUGUUGUUGUCAAUUGUUGGAAAUAAAUUUAUUUUUUAAAAAUCA